AUGGGUACGUGGCCUGAAGUGAGCACAGCGAAAUCGGAAAAUAGGCAUGAAAUAAAAUUGUCCGGUCCCGCUAUUUCCAAACGUAUAUCUGAAGAAGGGUUAGAUAAAACCGUUUUCCAAUUGACCAAUAUUAAUCUUCUAAAUAUAAGCGACACUUGUCUUUCAAGUAUUCCCGAUGAGAUCAAGCACUUAGCGAACCUACAGUCGUUGCUUUUAUAUGGAAAUAAGAUGACGGAGUUUAAUGAAAACAUAACCUUGUUACCGAAGUUGAAAGUAUUAGAUCUGUCACGAAAUAUUCUUACGCAUAUUCCAGACAGUUUGAAUAAGAUGAAGGAGUUGACUGAUAUAAAUUUCAGUUCAAAUCAAAUUGCAGACAUGCCAAAAAUCGGCGAUAUGCCUCAUCUCAUAACACUCGAUCUUUCCAAUAAUAAGUUGACAAGUUUUCCCGACAUGGAAGAAGGAUCUUUCCCACAUUUGACUGAUUUACGAAUCAAAGGAAAUAUGAUAUCGGUGCUUUCGUCCUACAUAGCUCGCACCCUGCCAUCUCUGAAAAACUUUGAUAUUGGGGACAAUCAGCUGAAAACAAUUCCUGGUGAAAUAGCUUCUUUGAAUAAACUGAAGGAGCUGAAUUUAAAAGGGAAUAAACUUUCUGACAAGCGUCUUAUGAAGUUAGUGGACCAAUGUCGAACUAAACAAGUAUUAGACUAUAUUCGCGAACACUGUCCUAAAUCUGAUAAUAAUAUCCAAUUGGCUGGAAAGAAAGGGAAAAAGAGCAAGAAAGAAGAACCACAACCGGAUGAGAAUAUAAAUGAACUAAGCCAUAAUCUUAAGAUCCUACACGUGGAGGAUGACACACUAAAAGUGAAAAUAGUAGAAAAUGAAGUGUGGAAUAUUCGUCCAUACAUACUGUGCUGUAUAAUUGAUAAUAUUCGGUUUAAUGAAGCAUCCUUUAAGAAGUUUAUACAGAUGCAAACAAAACUACAUGAUACUGUUUGUGAUAAACGUAAUGUAGCGACUAUUGCUACACACGACAUGAUGAAGAUACCCGCAGGUAAUUUGGUGUACACUGCAAAGCAACCAUCAAGACUAAAACUGACUCCACUGUCACGCAAUAAGCCUUUUACCGGUGAACAGCUCUUUGUGCAACUUACUUCUGAAGCGGAAGCUCUGAGGAAAGAGAAAAAGCGAAAUGUUUAUUCUGGAAUACACAAAUACUUGUACUUGCUAGAAGGGAAACCAAAAUAUCCUUGCAUAGAGGAUUCUCAAGGAAGAGUUAUCAGUUUUCCACCGAUCACUAACUCUGAGGAUACUAAAAUGUCCCAUGAGAGUAAGUCCAUGUUGGUAGAAGUAACUUCUCACUCAUCCUUAGGGGCUUGUAAAACUGUCAUGGACAAGUUGUUGCAUGAGUGUCUGAUGCUAGGGAUAGGAGAUGAUUUGGAUUCAGCUUAUCACACACUUACAGUACAGCAGGUAAAAAUAGUGGACCUAGAAGGAAAUCUGAAGAGUGUGUACCCAUCUCGAACAGAUUGCGUCUUUGAAGGAGCCGCUGUUAAAGUAUAUAGAUUACCAAAGAAAUAA